CCGAAAUACGACGCACAGUAUAUACUAAUGAAAGCAGGGAACACAAUAAACUAGAGCGCUGUUUACAAGGAGCAACGACCAACGAGUAAAAUUAAGGCAGGGAGUGCGACGCUUGCCGCCGCCAUCUUUCUGCGUAUUAGCGAAGGGCGAAAAGUAAAUUAUAACAAAGCGCCGAAGCCGAAGUAAACGCAUAAAAUUACAAACGACUACGAAUUUUGUGUGUUUCUGUAUUUGUAAAUAAGGAAACCAUUUCGUAAAUGGAAGUGGUGCCAGGAUGGGGGAUCCAUUAAAGCAGCUCCUUCUUCAGUCUGGUUGGUCAUAUGAAGACGUCUUGCAGAAACUUGAGCAAUACAAAACCGAAAACGUCAUAAAAUCAGAAACUGAGAACUGCAGUUCAAAGAGUGAACUCCCCUUGGCCGGUAAAAAUGUACAAGAAUUAUCUGAGAAAAGUACAAUAAGAAUAGAUUCUGUGAUAAAUAAUAAUAAUGCUAUUCCACAAAAUGGCGGUACUUUUCCAGAGGUAAAUAAUGGGGUUAUAUGUGUGGAUGUUGAAAUUUUAUCCGACGAUGAAAUCGUUGACUACAUUCCAGAUUCAAGUCAAGAUCAAGAGGUUCCGCAUGUUAAAGAAGAGGAAGAAACUCCAGCGGAGUGUAUAAUAAUAGAUGAAAAUGAAAUUGGGACAAAACCUGUUACUCCUCCUACUGAAAGUAGAAAUAAAAAAGGCAUUACAAUCUUAAAUCAUUUUAAAAUAAACACGAAUAAUAACCAAAGAUAUGUCAUUCAAGAUUUAUCCUCAAACACUAAUCCUCAAUUCAGUAAUUUAAAUAUAAGUAACACAAAUUGUGAUAUUAAUAACACACAGUGCAGUGUUACUAAACCGGCUACAAUUGAAAACUGUGAUAGCACAAUGAAUAGCGGAAGGAAUCUCAUUUGUGCAGAGAAUAAGGACUUAAACCUCGAAUCCCUACCUAAAGUAAAUUCGGGCGAUCGAAAGCGCGACCUUGUAAAUAAAUCUGAUGACUAUUCUUCGAUUAAACGUAGAAAGAGUAACUGCGAAGUAAAUGGUGAUAAUGUCUCAAAAAUUACCACCCCCGACUCGUUUUGCAAACCGCCUACUGUUGCGGCCCUUAAUACAUCGACUGACUUAAUUGAGGAACUGAACAAUUUGUUUGAUGACGUGGAAUCAAAUUCGAAAAAAAUGUUUCCAGCUGCUAACGAAAGCGCGGAAUGUGAUGACAUAAUUUCAAAUGCGGAAAAACUACUGCGCGAACUCGCUGGCACACCCGUGCGUAAUGAACCGGAGGAAGACAUUGUUUUUGUCGGCACGCCAGAAACUUGCGAAACUCCAAGAGAAAAUGUAAGGACCGAACAAGAGCCUCAACAAGAAAGUGUGAAAAUGUUAAAUUUAACGAGCAAUUUGGAGAAAAAAAAACAUAAUAGUCGAUUACAUCGUAUCACCAAUGUAUUACUUGAAAAGCUUCAGAAGGACGGUCCUAUUACCCUUGAGACUCCUCAGGACGAAAGUGAUGACCAGGAUGAAAGUGCAGUUGGUUUUCAAAUUGUUAAUGUAGUAGGAGGUUACAAAUCCCCUGAACGUGAAGCAGAAGAUCAAGUGAUGCCAAAAACUAAUGAAUCACCUUCGGUAACAAAAAAGAAGAAAAUGAAGAAGUUGUUCAAGCAGUCUGUUGGUAACAUCUCGAAACAAGACUACACGCCCAUAAAGCCUACAAAAACAAAUGAUGUUACUAAAAUUAAGGGGUGGAAGAAAAAGAAAUUUAGUACCGAAAAUGAUUUGGGCAAUGUGUCGCCUACUGCUGUGACUAAAUCUCCGAGGGUAGACACCUCAAAUUCGGCGAAUGCCGCAUUUACGAGUGAUAUAUUGGAUCAGUUCCUAAGUGAAAAUUCCAGCUUGAAUAUUAGCUACGAACUACCAAAGCUUGUUGCUGAAGAUACCUUAAAGCAAACGUACAUCGACGUACAAUUUCCUGCAUAUGGGCAGGUUGCGCCGUCACCUACCCCAAAACCGAAGAAGGAAGGUUUUAAACCCAAAACCGUGGCCGAAAAACGACGAAUGGAGGAGAUGAAAUUUAAUCCUAUCGCUAACAUUUUGGAGAAUAUGAGUACGAAACAGCAAAAGCAGUGCGUUCGCGAAACAUUGAAAAUUAAAAGGAAGCUUGUUUCUCAAGAUCUGCCAUUUACAAGACGAUGUUUUGUCACCGCCGUUCGGUUGACACAUACAGAAAGCUCCAUUUUAUACUGUGGUAAACAACUGUACGUACCUUCAUGUAAAGAAAACAAAAUCCUCGAAAAUAUAAAGGACCAAUAUCGCAAACGUUUUCGUGCGGCCAAAAUCAAACAAAAGCCCUCUCUACUACGAACUCUCACUUACAAUUUCACCUACGAUCCCAAGGACUGGAAAAAUGUCCGACUGAAAUUACCCAAACUGUUUGUGGAAGUCACUCCUCAACUGCGAAAACGAAUUCACCCUCACGUGGAGCGUUACGUGCAAUACGACAAGGAAGUUUUAGAUGAAGAGAGAGUCGCGUUCGCACUGAGCACAUUAAAAGUGAAAGAUCAACCCUUUGUACCGCAAACUUUUGUGUUUCCCGUUCGGUAUAAGAAAACCAAGGUGUUCCGGAAACGAAAAGAACCCAAACCUUUGCCACCCUCCACCUGUCAUGAAUCCGACGACGUGAUCGAAAGUGGUGUUAAAGAAGUCAUCGAAAGACUGCUGGACUACUGCGAGAUAUUGGAUCAAACCAAAGAUAUAGUUUUGGAAGACGAAGUUCGUGUAGUGGAAGAAAUACACCCCGUGCAGGAGGUUGUAGAUAAAAUUGCGAACACUAAAUCUGAUAGUCCAACCCUAAAGAAAACUGAGGCCGAAAUGAGGAGGUUAAAUUGUAAAUUUCUCUCGAUUCCCACUAACGAGGAUGUAAGCUCUAAGGGACCGUGCAAGAAGGAACAUUGCGCACUCGGAUGCGUCUGCAGUAAUUAUUCGACGUUACUCGACCAAAGCCACUGCGGAAAAUACAAGUGUAUGUUCGAGUGUACUUGUAAAAAUCGUUCCGAGUCGAAUACGUUUUCUCAAUGCGUUAUUAAUCAGCUCCAGGAUGAGGCAAAGAAAAAUCUUGCCAAAGAGGAGAAAGAAUUUACGCAGACACUUAUUAAAACAAAUAAUCAGUUGAUUUUGGUGGGCGAUUCCGAAAGACGAAAACGGAAAGCAAAGGUGCCGAGACGAUACGAUGACUUUAUCGAAAGUGAAGUGUUGGACAAAAGCGUCGUAUAUCACAAACCUCUACCAUUGGAUCUUCCUAAACCGAAAGUGGAACCCCCUCUUGUUUAUGGGAAUUUAAUAAUUCCAUCGUGCCAUGUUAAGUUAACGAUAUACGACUUCAGUGAUAUAAUACCAUACUGCAUGGUACAUUCUUUAUAUAAGUGUUACUGCAGAAAGGAAGCGCCACUUAGCAAAGCAAUUUCGCCAAUUAAACCGACUGUGACGUCACAGACACCUUUGAUUACAAACGAACCAAAGGAGAAUGUAGCGGUGAAAAGGAAAUUAGAACAGACAAACGUAGCAGAUUUGCAAGGGAUAAACACUGUGUACAACUCACUUGAGACGCAAAAGAUCACAUCAGUAGUACCUUUUGAAGUGGCCAGCCCAAAAAGUAGGAAUGGAAUGAAAAAAAAAAGGAAGAAAACGAAACAACUAUAUACGGAGGUUGAUACAAGCCGUACCAAAGGAGUGUCUAGGCAUCUUUUAAUUAGAAAUAAGACUAGCGCUCACCUUGAAAAAAUUAGAAAAUCAACAAAUGAGUUUAAUCAACAAUUGCACGCCUAUAUGAUUGAAAAUGUUGAUGCUAUUCUUCGAGAAUCGGAGACAAGUGAAAUGGAAAGCAACGCAACUAUAUCACACCAGGAUUGUGAUGUAACGUUAGUGGAAACACUUAAACCUCCAGUGCAAGAAAUAGAAAUUGCCAAUCCAAUACAAGAGAAAAUUGAAGAAAAAGAAUUAAAGCUACAAAGGCGGCGUAGGAAACAAAAACUUAAGCAAAAAACGGACAGUGACUAUAAAACUAAAGAAGAAAUGGAAACAGAGUAUCUUAAAUUCUUAGCAAAAUACAAUUCAAAAACUCGUAUGCUGCCCUGGCCACAAUUGAUGUCAAAAUUUGAAUCGGGCGAUUAUCAAUUGUGGUAUCGUAUUUGUAGAGAAAAUUCGUUGGUAACUUUGACUGAAAACGACAAACGUCCGUCCCCGUUACACAUCAACUUGCAAAAUUUUUUGAAGUAUGAUAAAAACACGCUUCCUCUCGAGAGGUACUGUAACGUAGUGCGUUACGUUAUAAAGAGACAAACGCCAUCUGGUAUACCUAAAGAUAAGAUUUUAGCUCUUGUGUUAGAAACCAAAGGUGGCAUAUGGAACAUUUGUGGUUUAUGCGAGAAAAAUCAGUCCAGUAAAACCGACCAAUUCACAGCAUCUAUCAUCGAAUUUUACGAUGGCGUGCAGGACAUUAUGAACGAUGAUGGUCGUGAAAAGCAAAGCGGCAAAUCCACAAAAAAGGAAAUUUCAAUGGGGAGGAAGAUCUUUGCCGCUAAAUCCAUAGUUCCUAAAAAUGAUAUGGGAAACAAAGAUAAAAUAUUGCAAGUCAGGCUACCGGAUUUGCAACGGUCAGAAAAAUGGCUGGUAGUUCCUUUCAAGAUUAUCUUUUCCCAGUUGUGUUUCACACGUUGCAAUGGCUCAAUAGGAUUCGAUGAAAUUACAAAGGCGACAACUGUCGCGUGUACUGACUCUGUGACUAUUGCUAUAAAAUCCAAUCGUCUGAGACGUACCUACUCUCACAAUAAAUUUGGGGUGUACUAUGAUUAUACCAAUUCAGAUAAAUUAUUUAUCGGUCCGUACCAUCAUACAGAAAAUCAUGAUGUGAAGUUUAUGGUUUAUGUGAAUAGUUCCUUGGUUGAAGCACAAGGGUUUUUUGAAAAUUCUUCAGCUAGUGCGAGCCAUUGGUAUUGUGGGUAUGUCGAGGUGACUGAUGGAGAUGAUGACGUUGAAUUUGUACCUACCUCCGAAUCUUUAAUAGAUUUAACAUGUGACAGUGAAAAUGAGGAUUCAUCUUACAAUCCAAACGAAUUGAAUAGCAAAAAAUCAGUUGCUCAACUGGAAGAAGUUAGUCAACUCUGUGAGUACUACAAGCCUGUCGGCGACCCGAGAUACAUCGUUACUAAUAUAACAGAAUUGGGGUAUCUACCAGCUUAUUUACAUGGCGAAAGUUUGGACGUGGUGCUAUGUCCGAUUACGAAAACACCUCGCAGAUUUUCCAAUUGGAAAAUUGCGCUUGGAUUGAUCCGACGGGUAAUGGCGGCAAAGUUAACUUUAGUACCGUCUGAUUUCGAUUUAGUAGUAUCAAUGCACGUUGAUUUGGACAAGUCUAAAUAUAAACUACUCAAUAAGAAUAUCCUCAAUGGAUUUUAUAUGGCAGGUGCGUUUGGUGUGAAGUGCUUAGGAAAUAUCACUCUCGGUCAACUUAAUUCACUCGAAAUACCCCAAGAGGAGAAAACUAGGCUUUUACUCUUACGGGACAGGAAAUGUAAGCAAGUUUUGGUUAUGCAGUUAAUAAAGACGCUAAAUUUGCAAGUACCGCAAGGUAUAACUGGUUCCGAACUGUUGAAGUUUAUUGCCCAUGAGUUUAUUUUCAAGGCCGAGGUUGAGAACAAAAGACUAGAAAUAGAAUCGAGUCAAUACGCUGAUGAAUUUAAAGCUUUGGAAGAUACAAAAAAGGUGCUUUUAGAAAAAUAUAAAACACUGAUAAGUGCAUUACCUGAAAGUCGACAAAAGAUCGCAGAAAAACAGUUGGACAAUAUUUUAAAGGCUUCACCUUUACAAGAUCACAGGCGCCAUGUAAGAAUAGCUAAUGGUGAAGUAAUUAACUUAGAAGAUGAGACCGUCGCUUUGAAAAACUCUAUCGAGACCAUCAAGCCACCUUUUAUCAUAAAAGACAUAACUAGAGCAACUGUUCUAGAUGCGUCUCUAGCUAAACCAACCGCCAAUAAAACCCCCGCAUAUGUUAACUUAACAAUCAAAAAGAAAUAUUCAAAUGUUGCAAAAUCACCACAACACAGUCUCCUGACAGUACCUCACUUAAAAAAAAUCAGUCUAACUGGAACAUCGGCUAGUUUAGUACCGUCUAUGAACAAUGCGAUUCAGACUGUCAUGGCUGCAGGCAACACCUCUCCCAGUACAACAAACAUAAAAAAUUCUGUGAUUUCGACCUCGUCAGCUUUACAUUCCAUCGAAAACCGUAGCGUUCCCUCGAUGGCCACCUUAACAGCAGUAUCCACAAACGCGCCGAUUGCCGAAGGUUCCAAUUACAUCGCGUUACAAAACGGUAAUAAAGUGAAUCUAUUAAAAUUGGAAUCGAACAAUUUAUCGUUAGUAACAAAACCGAACACUUCAAGUAGUUUGAUAAAACCCCCAUCCAGUGCAAAUAGGUAGAUCUCUGCUCAUCUCACAUUUGUUAGUUAUGAGUUGUAAUAUAUUUUGUAUAUUCUGUAAACUUAAUUUUUGAUAAGACCUGUUGUUAUCAUUCAUUCUCAUUGUAAAUAAUAAAUGUGACAUAUUUUCUACUUAAA